AUGAAAUAAUCGAAUUAGUUUAUAUCUGGGAGUCGUGAUUAAUCUAUUAUAAUAUGGUAAAAAGAUUAAAACAAUAAAUGGAUUUCCAAAUAGAAAUUAAAUGGACAUAAUGGAUAUAUCUUUUGUUUAGUAUUAAAUAAUAAUGAAGAUCUAAUUGUAUCAGGAAGUACAGAUAAAAGUAUUAAAUUUUGGAUGAAGAAAAAUGAAUGGAUAUGUUAGUAAACAAUUAGGGAUCAUAAUGAUGAAGUAUAUUAAUUAAGUUUGAAUUAA